AUGCCUACCCCAAAGGCGACUAGACGACGCCGCCAGAAUCCUCCACGCACCCACCCGACUGCGCCGCCGCCCUCGUCUCCUCCCACCUCUCGCCCCUCCGGCCGGAUCGGCGAAACCUCCACCCCCGCCUCGCGCCGCCUGCCCGCGCCGCCCGCCCGCUCCCACCUCGCCGUCACCGAGCAACAGCAUCAGCGGUCUGCGUCCGCGCGCCUGGCUAGCCCCAGCCUAGGGCUUCCGCGCAGGAACGUAAAUUUUACUACAGACUUGAAGAUGUACUCCGCUCCAGGCAACAACUCUUUGGCUCUUGCAGCCCCACGGCCAGGAAUGGAGCUGGGCAACGUGCAGCAACAUCCUAACCAGGCUUUUGGCCUUGGGCCUGGUGGGAAACAACGCUCAUCCAGUCUGGAGGCGCCGAUAAUGCUACUCACAGGCCACCAGAGCGCUGUCUACUGCAUGAAGUUCAACCCUGCUGGAACUGUGAUAGCAUCGGGCUCCCAUGACAAGGAUAUCUUCCUGUGGUAUGUCCAUGGUGAGUGUAAGAACUACAUGGUACUGAGAGGGCACAAGAAUGCUAUCCUUGAUCUUCACUGGACCACUGAUGGGAGCCAGAUAAUCUCUGCAAGCCCUGACAAGACUUUGAGGGUUUGGGAUGUUGAAACUGGCAAGCAGGUUAAGAAGAUGGCUGAGCACUCAUCCUUUGUCAACUCAUGUUGCCCGUCACGUAAGUGGCCACCUCUUGUUGUGAGUGGAUCGGACGACGGUACAGCAAAGCUCUGGGACCUGCGUCAGAGAGGGGCUAUCCAAACACUUCCAGACAAGUUCCAGAUUACUGCUGUGAGCUUCUCAGAGGCUGCAGAUAAGGUUUUCACUGGUGGCCUGGAUAAUGACGUCAAGUGGUGGGAUCUUCGCAAGAAUGAAGUCACAGAAUCUCUGAAAGGACAUCAGGACAUGAUAACUGGGAUGCAGCUUAGUCCUGAUGGUUCGUACCUCCUCACCAAUGCGAUGGACAAUGAGCUCAAGAUCUGGGACCUGCGCCCGUACGCACCAGAGAACCGCAACAUCAAGACCUUUACAGGGCAUCAGCACAACUUUGAGAAGACCCUGUUGAAGUGCAGCUGGUCACCCGACAAUCGCAAGGUCACUGCUGGGAGUGCUGAUCGCAUGGUCUACAUCUGGGACACGACAUCGAGGCGGAUCCUGUACAAGCUUCCUGGGCACAAUGGUUCCGUCAAUGAGACCGCUUUCCACCCCACCGAGCCUAUCAUUGGAUCUUGUGGCAGCGACAAGAAGAUUUAUCUCGGGGAGCUUUAG